UUUUAAAUUAAUUUACUUGUUUUUUUUUUAAUACUCAAAAAGAGCAGAAUAAUAAUGAGAAAUGUUAAGAAAUUUUUACUAUAUUUAUUAGUAACACUGUGCAUUAUAUUUUAUAUAUUGUUCCAUAUUGGAACUAGCAAAGACGAUAUAAUUAAAAUAAUGCGAGAUAGAGGAAAAUCUAGUUUUAUGCUUACAACACCAAGCAAACCUAUAAUAACAAUUGCGGCUGUAAGUUGCGGUGAAAGAUUAAAGGAAACAUUAAAUAUGUUAAAAUCAGUUCUAUUGUUUAACGUUAAUGGCCCACAUCUUAAAUUUGUUAUUGUAGCGGAAGAAAGUUUGCACAUAGGGUUUCAAGAAAAACUAGGUGAUUGGCAGGAGAUUCUUCCAGGGCAAUUUUCUUAUGAACUUCAUGACUUAAAAUUCCCAAUGGGAAAAGAGAAAGAAUGGAAAAGUUUAUUUAAACCAUGUGCCGCGCAAAGACUUUUCCUACCAUCUUUGCUGCAAGAUAUCGACUCAGUAUUAUAUUUGGAUACGGAUACAGUUUUUCUUUCUCCAGUUUCAGAAAUUUGGAGCCUAUUCAAAGAUUUUAAUGCAACUCAAAUAGCUGGUCUUUCUCCUGAACAUGAAGAUAAAAAUGUUGGAUGGUACAACAGGUUUGCUCAUCAUCCUUAUUAUGGUGAAUUAGGAGUUAAUUCAGGUGUCAUGUUAAUGAAUUUAACACGUAUGAGAGAUUUUCAUUGGGAAGAUCAUAUAUUGCCAAUUCAUGAUGAAUACAAAUUAAAAAUUAUAUGGGGUGAUCAAGAUUUGAUUAAUAUAUUGUUUUAUUUUCAUCCAGAAAAGUUAUAUGUGUUUCCUUGCGAAUUUAAUUAUCGUCCAGAUCAUUGUAUGUAUCAAAGUAUUUGCAAUGCGUCAAAUGGUGUACGUAUAAUGCAUGGAAAUAGAGGAUACUUUCAUUCUGACAAACAACCAUUAUUUUCAGCUGUAUAUAGGGCUAUAGAAUCAUAUGAAUUAGGUAAAGAUCCGUAUAAAAAUUUUCUAAUGAAUCUUGAAUCGGAUUUGGAAGAUGAAGUUGUUGUUAAUUCAAACUGUGGUAAAGUCGAACAACAAGUGCUAUUAAAAGCAAAAAAAAUAUUUGUUGCAAAAGAUUAUUAUUAUUAUAAUUAAUAUAAAUUAUAGCAUUAAUAUUAUUGCAAAUUGUUGCAAAAUGUGAUUACCAAUGCUUAUUUCGAUCGUAACGAUUUAAACAUAUUUAAGAAGCUGAUUUCCUUUGAUUUCUCUGGACCUCGAAUAAAAUUUAUAUUAUAUUAAGCACAAAUUUGGAAAUUUAACUGCCAGCGUUUUACUAGUUUAAUAUUCAGUAAAAAUGUUAAUGGUGUGCAAAUUUUUCCUAUCCAAAAUGCACUUUAAUUAUACUGUACUUGCCUUAGUGUAUCAAAAAUUAGAUAAACCGUGAUUAUAAAAUUUAGGUACUCAUUAUAUUUCGGCUCGGAUAUUUAUAUUCAUUAACCUAUUUAUUUAAAUUAUUUUGAAUUCGCCAUUCCAAAAUAUUUAUAACAUGAUAAUCACUAAAGACUGGAAGUCUUAACACAAAUAUUAUUUAAAAGCUAAACAUAAAGUCUUGAAAUUUUGCCAAUCAAUAUUAUUAACUAAGAAAAACAAAUAAUAAACGUAUGUAUUAGAUUUUAAGAAAACUUUUUAUUUAUGGUUUUUAAUAAUUCGUGUUGCCAUUCAAAUUCUACAUUGGAAAAUUUGUUAAAAUUAAACUAAGAUAAUUAAAAAGUGUUUUAUUUGAUUUGUAAAUUAAAUUUGUAAUUAAAA